CUGUGUCUCUGUCUGUCUGUCUCAGUGACGAGGACAUGCAGAGCCUGGCCAGCCUGAUGAGUAUGAAGCAGGCUGAUAUCGGCAACCUGGAUGACUUUGAGGAGGAGGACGAGGAGAAUGAGGAGAACAGGGCCAACCAGGAGGAGAAGGCUGCUAAGAUCACAGAGAUGGUAAACCAGCUCAAUGCUCUCAGCUGCUUAGCCGGAGACCCUGAGGACUACUUCCUAAAGCUGGCUAGUAAAAGGCCAAGCAGCGCUCGGUCUCCCUCCCAAGAGCUGAUCAGUAAGCUGAACUUCCUGGAGGAGGAUCAGGACACGCCCCCUGCCCUCUGCUCCAAUCCCUUCGAAGAUCCGGCUGAUGAUGUUGAUGACGCCUCCCACCUGGAACACACCAAUCACUUCAACCCAUUCGGUGAUGAUGAUGAUGAUGAUGAUGGACCCCCUUCCCUGCCCCCCUCCCUCACCCUCCGACAGGACCCAGAGGCCCACUAUGUCCAGGAACCCUCCAACCCCUUCGACGAGGACGAAGUCAACACACACUCGCACACAGAGUACAACCCGUUUGACGAGCCCGACCAGGAUCCAGACCUAGUCCCAGACCCCGACCCCCAGGGGCCCCAGGUCCAGCAGCCGGAGGCUCCCAAACCCAGGGGGAGGAAGGGGGUCAGGCCGGUGGAUAUGAGCAAGUACCUGUAUGCUGACACCAACCCACCACCAGAGGACCAACUGGAUGAAUCCAACCCGUUCUACGAGCCCCGGACCUCCAGCCCAUCCCGGCCCUCCGGGGGCCCCUCUCCAGACUUCAGUAACCAGAAGAGGAGAGCCCCGCUACCUCCCAGACCUCCAGGCCCCAGCCCCUCGGCCCCCAACACCUCCAGGGAGGGGGCAGAGAGGGAGAGAUUCAUGCCCAGUAGACCCAGUGCCGUGGCAGCUGUGGUGGGGCGAGAUCUGGCCUUCUCCUCCCCUAAGCCCAGUCCUAUCCCGAGCCCAGUGCUUGGUGGGAAGCCCAACGCUAGCCAAUCCCUGCUGGCCUGGUGCCGUGAGGUCACAAAGAAUUACCGCGGAGUCAAGAUCACCAACUUCACCACAUCCUGGAGGAACGGCCUGGCAUUCUGCGCCCUUCUCCAUCACUUCAGACCUGAUUACAUAGACUACAAGACCCUCAAUCCUCAGGAUAUUAAGGAAAACAACAAAAAGGCGUAUGAUGUUUUUGCCAACCUGGGCAUCAGUCGUCUGCUGGAGCCAUCUGACAUGGUUCUGCUGGCCAUCCCUGACAAGCUGACCGUCAUGACGUACCUCUACCAGAUCCGAGCCCACUUCAGUGGAGAGGAACUCAACGUGGUGCAGAUAGAAGCCAACAGCAGCCGCAGUACAUACAAGGUGGGAGACUUCGAGACAGACACCAACGCCUCCAUCGGCCAGGACAAGUUCUAUGCCGAGCUAAACGUCAGUGACGCUAAUGCCCAGACCACUGGAUCCAGUGGGGACGUUAGCAUCGGAGCUAACGGCGCUAGCGCCACCAAUGGAGCCGUGGGGAAAGAGGAGGAGGAGAUGGAGGUGGUGAGGAAGAGUGAGACUGUGUCUUUCUCCCUCCCUGACUUUGGGGUGUCCCCCUCCUCUCUCACCUCACCCCCCCUCCCCUUGCCCCGCGCGGCUCUACCCCCCACCGCCACAGAGUCCUCCCACCCCAGAGCAGCGCCUCGCUCCCUUGCCACCACACCUCUGGGAGACGAUCGCCAUCAAUUACAACUAUCUCUGAAGGCAGUCACCCUC